CUAGCAGUACUAUUCACCGGUUACUCAGCCAUGGACUGUGCGGGCAGGAGCGUUAUGGCCUUGGGGUGAACUCCGCGACUUUUUGCCGCCCUAGUUAUACCACGCUUAGUUUGUCGCCAUGGGAGCUUACCUUUCCUCUCCUAUUACUGAUAAGGAGGUUUUUGAAGGGGAUGGCCAUGGUUUGCGGUUUGGAGGAGGCGCUAUGCAGGGCUGGCGCCGCACCAUGGAAGAUGCGCACAUUGCCGAGGUCAACGUCGCGAACGACCCCAAUGUGGCGGUCUUCGGCGUUUUCGACGGACACGGUGGUGCCGAGGUAGCAAAGUUUUGCCAGAAAUAUAUGGCCACAGAACUGCAGCGGCUUGAGGACUUCGGCAAGGGCAGCGUUGAGGACAGCCUCAUCACGGUCUUCCACCGAAUGGAUGAAAUGCUGCGCGACCAACGGUACGCAGAGGAGUUGGAAAAGCUCAAGAGCAAGGAGGCUAACGAGGACGAUGGGGACGGCGAGGGGGUCUUUCAGUUGAAGCGUUUUGUGGGAAAUAGCAGCAAUAUGGGCGAAGGAGGCAGCGGCCAGGCGGAAGAAAGCAGUGAGAGCCCCGAAGAAGAGCUGGUGCAAGCAGGCUGCACUGCCGUUGUGGCGGUGAAAUUUGGCUCCGACCUCUACGUGGCCAACGCAGGCGAUAGCCGCGGUGUCCUUAGCCGCGCUGGCAAAGCAGUACCUCUUAGCGAGGACCACAAGCCAGCACAAGAAGGCGAGCGAACGCGUAUUAUUGCUGCUGGCGGCUUCCUCUCGGAGAUCGGCGGAGUUUGCCGCGUAAACGGCAACCUUAACCUCAGCCGCGCUAUUGGGGAUCUCAAGUACAAAACUAAUACAGACCUUCCGGCUAAGGACCAGAUAAUCACAGCACAGCCGGACAUCCGCAAAGUUACUCUGUUGCCCGAGGACCGGUUCUUUAUUUUGGCUUGUGAUGGCGUCUGGGACGUCAUGACAAACCAAGAUGCAGUGGACUUCGUGGGCGCAAGGCUAGAUCAAGGCAUGACGCCCAGCCAGGCGGCUUGCGCCCUGCUGGACGCCUGCCUCGCGAGCGACCCCAAGGAGGCACGUGGUGUUGGGUGCGACAACAUGACCGUAGUCGUUGUGCAGCUGCAAGGAAAUACCACGAGCAGCUGAGCGGGAUAGCGACCGUGUAUGCUCUGUAAUCCGAAUAGUGGAAGGACGGCUGGCUGCAGAGGUGAGCGUGUCGUAGAUCCCCCCUUUCCAAACACAUUGGCAACAUGUAAUUCGAUGGCCAAAUGCAGAGACGAUACUUCUUUUUUUAGGGGGUUUGCGUUCUUAGACAGCGCUGCAAUUUUAGGAUAGAAGGAGCCACGGGAGCUCGUUGCGCGCAAACCCCACAUUGUGUAACGCACACCAACAUUGCUAGUGACCAGGCGUCGCGGCUAUCUGCUUCGCGUGAGGGGGGUUGGGCGUGUGAUGCAUACCGGCGCUAUGAUGGCUCUGCCCAAAGGCUUAGUCGAGACCGCCGCAGGUUUGGGUGUUCAUGGAUGUGUGUUUGACUCUUGAGGACCUUAACGGGCAGGUGAUAAUGACUAUGAGAACCUUCAUGCGCAUCUUUCGUGAUGCAUGUUGGCAUUAAGGAACACUGUUACUUGUAUCGCGCAGAUGUAAUGCUAAUUACGUGUU